AUGGACCUAUUCAAGAAUGAUGUGUCAUGACAUUCUAACAGUGUAAUGGCAACUAAAGCAAUUCAACGAGAUCUACUCCAUGUCGCUCUUUGAACCUAAUAGUUGAAAUUUUCUCGCGCCUUUAAACUCACGAUCAUUCAUCUGAUCUCAGGCAAACGCAGCGUGAACUUUACCCCUGUAGUAGGAUUCUUUUCUACCUACCUAAUAUUUUCUGUGGUAAAUUGUGUAUUAAAAAUAUAUGUACAGUACAGUCCAUAGGCAGCACCGGCAACCAAUGAUCCGGCUACAUACGCGGCGCCCCACCUCCGCGACGCGUCGUCGACCUACGGUUGAACUGUCCUCGGCUGCUCUCCACUUCCACUAGGAAAUACUAAGGAAUCAAGGGCUCGACGCUUCUCCCCGGGCCCCAUCAAUUCUCCGUGUGUCGCCUGCUCUUGGAAACAUGUAGCUCUCACGGACGAGGAUUAUGAAUAAUUCGUUUGUUUUACAACGAGCAGCAGUUUAUCGCGCCCCGGUGGAGGUACCCCGGAGGGAAACGUCGAGGCUUCGCGGAUUCGGAAUAUGAGACAUAGCUACGGCGCCGCUAGCUCCCCACUUUAGCUUCACAUGAUGUGCGUCUGUAGACAGAGGCUCAAAGGUCUGGCUUGGGAAACAUGAAACGCAGAAUGAAGACUUGCAGUUCGGAUGUCAAAGCAUCCAGUAAGGCCUCCACCGGGAGACGAAGGGAGAUCACAAACCGGAAACGACACAAGUCUGACAAGACUGACCCGACUUCCUGCAGCCAUAUCCCGGGGAUCCCUCUGUCGGACAAGCUGUCCCUCAUCAGCUGUGAGUGCCAGCGGGCCCCCAACAGAACACGCUGCACCGCCUCACCCCUGCCUCAGGAGGAGCCGGAGGGCAAGGAGAACGAGGAGAGGAGGAGAAGGAGUGGUGGCUGCAGGGCGAGCUGUCUCCUGGAGAGCGGAGAGGACCAGGAGAUGGGUGCCGGGGAGGAUGACGUAGGCGGGCCUGGCGGUGGCGGCGCUGAGAGCCUCUUCCCCGAUGACGACAGCAACCAGAUCCUCCCCGUUGAACAGUUCUUUGGGAACCUGGAGGCCAUGCAGGACGGGCUUCCGACAGCGGCGUCAGGAACAGGGACCUCGCUCCGGGCCCCGCGGGGGGAGAACCAGCAGCGGCGCCGGCGGCACUACUUCGCCCGGGUUGACAGCGAGGAGGAGGAGGAGGAGGAGGAGGAGGAAGAGCAGCUAAGCGACGGAGACAUGCAGCUCAGCCACCCAGGGGACAGUUAGUUGUGGAGCCCGUACAUCCUCCACUCCGAACGGAAAUCUUUUGUUUGCCCGUGUAGGAGGGCUGUUACAUCGUGGUAGUUAUAGCGUAUGUGCCAUAUUUAUAUUUCGUUAAGUGGAACAGGAACCAUCUUUUGGAUCUGAUGGGCCAUUAUUAUCAAUGUGGUUUUUAAAAAUAACUUUUAUAUCGUCAGAAAGGUGACUACAAUAUCAGGGUUUGGGUUGGAUCAACCAAAUGAUCAGCCCUUUUGUAAUCUUGUUUAAAAAGGAUCCAUGCAGCACUUAAUCCUAAAUUUAAGUCAACGCGUCCACUGCCAAGUACAUAUCAAACGGCCUUUUGUUUGUUAUCGCCUCAUCUCCUCAGAAAGUUGUUGCAAAAUUUUUUUAGAAGCAGUGCGGCCAAGUGCUGUGAUCCUGAAGCGGUUGAGGCCUUUCGAUGGCCUGGUUGUUGUCCCUUGUAACGGUGGCCCUAGUGAACGGCCCCAGGUCCCAGAAGACCCUAACGUUGAAGCCAAUAAUCAACGCAUGCCACUUUCCAAUCCAUCCAUGCCAUCACUGCGUUGGAGCAGCUCAAUGACGUUCACUGUGUGUAGUUCAACACUGAAUCACACGAUACCGGGGGCCGGGGUGGUGGUGGUGGGGGACCACCCUUUCAUGCAGUCCCGGAUUUAAAGACUUAUGUUGUAAAGUUUUAUGACGCCCAAAAAACCGUCAAUGGAGGACUGCCAUUGAACCCACCCCCCCCCCCCAAGAAGAGAACAGGAACAUGUGUGUGCACACGCCGCAAACACCAAAGAACAUGCAAUACUAUAGUUAGGGAACGGACCCCCGCCACCGUUACAAACAAAUUACGUUUUUAUUUUAGCAUGCCGCCUCUUGCUCAUCUCUGCUCUGUGUUCCCCCGAGAAAUCAGCGUCUCGCUCCGCUUAUAAUCCUUUAUUAAUGUGUGUCGUCGUGGAUGCGAGCCUUUGCUCCGUCGGGGCGAGUUGCCAUCUAUGAGAGGGCAGACGUACCGGAGCAUGCCUUCAUCUGCACUUACUUUGGCUCAGUCCAGUCUAACUGGCUGGGUCUCGCUCAUGUGUGUCCUUCAUUCACCAGAUGUGAUCUGAUUGUGCAUUUUCAGGCCAUUUCAAAAGGUGUCCAUUAGAGAGCUCACAAGUAUCACCCAGAUGUAUGAGAGAUAGGUUGAGGUGAUCCCCGAUUACGUCCUCCCUCCCAGGUAGACCGUGCCAAUAGCAACUUGUGAUUUCACUGGUGGAUAGAUAUUGAAAUGGCUCGUAUAUAAAAAUAAAUAUCCCCAUAGAGUAAAAUAUUGGCUCUUUUAAAGAGUAAAGACAUCGGGUCCCAUAUUUCUUUGUGUGAAACGGAGCAACCAGAUAUUAUUGGGAGCGACACGAUUUUUGAUGGAUCUCGUUCUUUGACCUGACAAGAAUGUGAUGCAUGCACCACAAUGUCCUGAAUGUAACUGCUCUCGCGAUGGGUCAGGUCUGCCAGAGCCACUUUGUACCUUCCAUCCAUUGAGAUUCUAAAUCAUUGCACUAAAAAAUUACUAUUCAUAUUAGCAGUAAUCUGUUGUAUAUUUUAUAAUUGUAGAGACCAACCAGAUGGCAUUAUGUUUGUAGUCUUGAUUUACCAUCUGCCUUUUAUUUAUGCUUAAUGGUUUGUUUAUAUGAAUGCAUCAGCGCUGCUUGAACGCAAAUACGUCCAAUAACCAUAAUAGUCCAAGAAUGUACUUUAUUGUUCCAGUGCCAAACAAAUAAACGGCCCUGCCUUUUUUUGCUUGGAAGCUCAGCUGAUGCGUGCUUUCUUACUUCACCAACCCGUAAACACAAUGCAUUUCUCACAGCAACAAUUUUCUCAGCUUCUCAACAAUAGUUUAUCAACACUAGUGAGAGAAUAUUUACAGUUCUUCUCCAUUCAACGGAAAUGAAUUAAAAUGCACCAAGAAUAGCAUUAAAGGUGACACAUUAUACCACCAGGUGUGAGUGUGCUUAGCCGUUACAAGCCGUUUGAAAAUCGGCCUCUUCUGACAUCACAAGUGGGCGUGUCCACCUAGAUGUGUGAUGGAUAGA